AUGAUGAGCCCAGUUAGAUCAAGAGAGAAUAGAAAACAUUCUCAAGCUAAUAGAUCAUUAAAUUUCAGUCUUCCUAAAAGAGCUUCAUCAUAAAUCAAAAACAGAAUCCAUCAUUUACCAAGCAUCUCAAAUAAUUCGACUUGCUGCAGUAAUUCGAAUACAUCUAGUCCUCCGUAAAGCUGCUCGAAAUUAGAGGAUGAUUAAAUUGAUAUGUCUCCUGUUUCCCAAAAUACAUUCUAAGAUCCCUUGAAUUACUUUGCUUAUGAGGACUUCAAUUCGAUUCUCCCUGUCACUAUUAAUGGUGUCAAGAUUUUAAAAGUUGAUUGGAGUUACUUUUCAGCACCUCCAAACAUUUUAUCGCGUUGGAAAGCACAUUGCUUUUGGACAGUUGGAUACACGUUUGACAUUAAUAUGAGAAAAAUGAAAAAAUCAUAGAAUAUCAAAUAUAGAUUAGUCAUCCAGAGUUGGUGUUGUCUCAAUAAUAAGUCUUGGGUAAAAAAUAAAUGGGAUAGAUUGUUGGAACAUGAAACUGGCCAUUAUUUGAUUGGAUGUCUUUGUGCCUUAGAAUUCAAAUAAAAAGCUGAUAAAUUCAAGUAUACUAAGAAUUACAGGAUGGAAUGUACUAAACUAUUCUAAGACACAUUUUAAUUCUAUCUUUAGAUGGAAAAACAGUAUGAUGAAGAAACCAAUCAUAGUUAAAACGUAUCCAAGUAAAAGGAAUGGAAUUAAUUCAUCAAGUCUGAACUUCUAAGAUAUUGAUCAUUUAUUAAUAAUCUAUCUCAUUAAU